AUGCUUGGUCAUAUUAGCAUAAUUUUAAGUUUAAUCUUCUUUUCAUGUCACGCUAAUGUAAUACCUAUACAAGAUUCAGAAAAUGUUCCUAAUUUAUUUAAUUUACCUGGUAUGUUAGCCAAUAAUCGAAGUGAUAUCACAUUACUUGAAGGUGAUAUUGCAUUACCAAUACAUGAUAGUCGAACUGCAUACACUCCGGCUCCAAGAUGGCCUAAUGGUAUUGUACCUAUUGAAUUCGAUGGGUCGUUUACAGCUGAUCAACAAAAUAUAAUUAUUGGUGCUAUGUCCACAAUUAGUCAAAAUACAAAUGAUUGUAUUCGAUUUGUGUGGCGUAGCAAUAAUCCAGCUUGGUUAAGAAUUCAUUCUGGCCAAGGUUGUUGGUCACAUAUGGGUAAAGUUGUUGGUAGUGGUAGUCAAGAUCUUUCACUUCAAAUACCCAGUUGUGUUCAUCAUUCAGUCGCAUUACACGAAUUAUUACAUGCACUUGGUUUUGCUCAUGAACAGACUCGUACCGAUCGUGAUACAUAUGUUCGUGUCUACUAUGAAAAUAUUGAAGCUGGUCAAGCACAUAAUUUCGAUAGAUAUGCUUCUAAUCAAGUGAAUUCAUUUGGAGAAGCAUAUGAUUAUGGUAAGAUUUUCCUACUUAUAAUAUUUUUGUUAUUGACAAUAAAUAUUUAUGAUUUUUAUUUAAGGUUC